CGAAAAUAUACCAAUUCAAGCGUUUACCUCAUAUUGUGCCCCAAAUCCCACGAGAUGAAGUUGAUGUUAGGUUCUUUGGUGUUUUUGGUUCUUGCGGCCGUCAUAGCUGCUGAUUGUCCAGCCGCAAAGGGUUUCGAGGGCAAACCGACCGAAGCGUUUAUCGCCUGCAACGCCACCUUUUGUAAGGAUGCCGGAGACGUUUUGCUCGUUCCUGUAGGUGACGUCAAUGACGAUGGCUUCGAGGACCUGGUCUGCCACAAGGGCUCUGGUCUCAUCCACGUCGCCUUAAAUACCAAACAAGGCGGUUUUUCCAGCGAUGGUAACCCUGCUGAGGGCAUAGAGAACGGUUGGUGCAAAGGACCUAAGCAGGUGGUAUUUGUGGGUGAUUUUGAUGGUGAUAAUAGAGCCGAUCUGCUAUGUCACAGCUACCAAACGGGAUCUAAAGAUGUCCGUUUAAGGAACGAAAGUGGGAAUUCCUACUCGAACCCAACGGUCGAAGAAGCAACUCUUGUUGGGUGGUGUAUACUAGCAAAUGCAGAACUCCAUGUGGCCGACUUCGAUGGUGAUGGAAAGGCAGACCUCCUUUGCCAUCAUAACGGUACUGGGGCUAAGUGGUUGGCCAAAUCAAAGCUGCCCCAAAAUGGCUUUGUUCAAACGCAGUACGCCCCCAUUGGUUGGUGUUUCCACGCAACGUCAAAACUCUACGUGGCGGACACUAAUGGCGACGCAUCCUCAGAUAUACUUUGUCAUGAUGAUCAGGGCACGACCUGGAUCAUCAAAUCAAUUGAAUGCAGCGACCAGACCGCCGCCUGUAGCACACAGUUUGAUACCUCGGAUGCACACACAAUUAAAGGCCAUGGGAUUUGCCCCGGCAAUACCUUAGGCCACAUGCCAAGAUACCACUUGAUCGACUUCAACGGGGAUGGGGAGGCUGAUCACUACUGCCACAAGACUACGCCGGAACAAGACAACUGCGUUCUCACCGGCAGUCUAGCGGGAUCCGGUGCAAAUGAAGAUUGUGCUUGGCAAUCCGGUGCGAACUACUGCAACAACGAGGGCGACUUGCUCAUCUUUGGCCAUUUCUUCGGGACGAGACGAGACGAUAUAUUGUGCGUCCGUGGAAAUACAUAUCAUCUCCUACGCAACCACGGCCUAUAAUGGGAAAGUUGAUGCAAAUUAUACGCAUUGUGUUAGAAAAUAUGUCUAAUGGACUCUUCUGCUCGGUCAUAUGUCUAUCAUCUACACAAGAAGAUCAGAAAAUUGGGAACCACAGCUACCAGCCUCGAGAAAGAAUUCUCAAAAGCAUGUAAAAAAAACCCAAUGAAAAUAAUGAAAUUUUGGUCAAAUAGGCAUUUUCCUUAUAUGGGGGGGGGGGGGAUCUUGUUUAAAGCAUAACACAAUGUCCAGUGUAUGUGUUUCCAUUGAUUUUCAAGCAUUAUGCAUGUGUAAUCUGCCUUCAUGUUCCUAGGAAACCAGACCCCCUGGAGAGGGGCAUGUAACGAUCGAAAUUCUUUGCGUUAUGGAUUGAAUAAAAAUUUAAAAACUUAUAUGA